AUGGAGUAUAUGGGGAACCCCAGAAUCAAUUUGUGUACUGCCAUUUUGAUGGCGGACAUUGGGCUAGAGAAGGUCAGUCAUGCUGCAUCAGUGUCCAUACUUAGUAAUAAAAAGGAAUUUCCAUCUUUUCUUCGCACUGCUCCUAGUAACUAUUUCCAUCCCAAAGGCAUAGUUAAACUUUUUCUUCAUUUUGGUUGGACCUGGGCAGGAAUUCUGGCUUCAAAUAAUGAUUAUGGACUUUCAGGAAGCCUACAGCUGAAGCAAGAGCUUAUCAGUCUAGGAAUUUGUAUUGAGUUCUAUCACGCACUGUCUACCAGUCUCCCAAAUGAAAAGCUCCUGUAUAUUGUUGAUAUUGUAAAGACAUCUUCUUCCAAAGUGGUUGUUAUAAUAUCUAACAUUCCACAAGUGAUGGCCUUCAUGGAAAAGGUCAGUGCACAUAAUGUGUCUGAAAAAGUCUGGAUAGCUUGCCCAUUUUGGAUUAUCUCGCCAGCUUUUUCCAGGAAAGAUUUUUCUCAGUUUCUGAGUGGGACACUAGGGCUUGCUGUUCAUCAUGGAGAUAUGCCAGGAUUCAGUGAUUUUCUUUACAGAAUACACCCUUCAACACAGUUAGCUGACAGUUUUAGUAAGCCUUUCUGGGAGGCAACAUUUAGCUGCAAGUGGCUGGAAAGCAACUCAACCCAAGUUGUACCUGGCAUGAAAGUGACUGGAGAGAUGAAGUUGUGCACAGGACAGGAGAAUUUGCAUAAUGUCGAUGACUCUUUAUAUAAUGCACACAGUUUCAGAUACACAUAUAAUACAUACAAUGCUCUGUAUGCUUUUGCAUAUGCCUUACAUGAACUUCUGUCAUGUUUGCCUGGGAAAGGGCCUUUUGAAAAUGGAACAUGUGCCACCAGUAUGCAUUUGCAGCCAUGGAAGAUACCUUCCUCUGUUUGCAGUGAGCCCUGCAUAUCUGGAUUCCAAAAGACUACAAAGCAGGGUCAGCCUGUUUGUUGCUUUGACUGUUUUCCAUGUUCCGAUGGUGAAUAUUCUAAUGAUACUGGUGUCAGUAAAUGCAUGCCAUGUCCAAGUGAUCAGUGGUCAAGUGUGAAACGUGAGAGGUGCAUCCCAAAAGUAACAGAAUUCCUCUCUUAUGAAGAUCCCUUAGGGACAACACUAGCUGCUGCAUCGAUUUUGUUAUCCCAAGUCACCCUUGCUGUGCUGUGCAUCUUCAUCAGGCAUCGAGCUGCACCAAUUGUCAGGGCUAACAACAGGAGCCUCAGCUUCCUCUUGCUCUUCUCUCUCCUUCUUUGUUUCCUCUGUCCUCUAAUGUUCAUCGGAUACCCAGGAAAGGUGAACUGUAUGCUGCGCCAAGUGGCAUUUGGUGUCAUAUUUUCUAUUUGUGUGUCAUUAGUCCUGGCAAAAACAAUUACAGUCAUCAUUGUCUUCAAAGCUACCAAUCCAAAGAGUAAGUUAAAGAAGCUGAUUGGAUUGAAGACUCCGUAUUUCAUAGUAGCUGUAUGCUCCAUUCUUCAGUUGUUGAUUUGUGCUUCCUGGCUGAUCAUUUCUCCACCAUUUCCUGAAAGAAACAUGACUUCAGCAGCUGGAAAGAUUUUAAUUGAAUGUAACGAGAGCUCAGUUAUAUUCUGCUGCAUGCUUGGGUACUUGGGACUUUUAGCCUUUGUAAGUUUUAUAGUAGCAUUUUUAGUCAGAAAACUCCCUGACACUUUUAAUGAGGCCAAGUUUAUAACCUUCAGCAUGUUAGUCUUUGGAAUGGUCUGGCUGACUUUCAUUCCUGCAUAUCUGAGCACGAAAGGAAAAUUCAUGGUUGCUGUGGAGAUAUUUGCCAUUCUGUCUUCUAGUGCAGGGCUGUUAGCUUGCAUAUUCUUCCCAAAAUGUUACAUUAUCCUUCUGAAAUGUGAUGUUAAUGCCAGAAAAACCUGGACAAGACGUGUUAGAUUCUAA